AGUAGAAAAAUGUUUAUUUGCUUUCUUUAUUUACUAGCUCUAACAUUUUUUCAAAUUAAGAGUUUAAGGUUGUUUGCAAGAAAAUUCAAUGGAGAAAAUUCAGCGUCGUCCCAUCAAAAUCCAAAUCGGAGCAACCCCGCAAACCCUUGUAUGCCCACUGAAAUUCUUGUUGAGAUCCUUUCAAGGGUUCCGGUGAAAUCUCUGUUGAAAUUUAGGUGUGUUUCUAAAUCUUGGCUUGCUUUGAUCUCUAGCCCCGAGUUUAUCAAGUCUCAUUUGAGUUUAUCAGCUAGUAAUAACAUGCAGGAAUGUAACUUGGAUUAUCUCAUGAAAAACCUUGAGGUAUCUUUUUUGUUUGAGGGUUCCGUGAAUGGAUUGAUUUGUCUUGUAAAUAGGGCAAAGAAAAUAUAUAUAUGGAACCCAACUAUUAGAAAGUACAAGAAAUUGCGUGAUUAUAAAAUUGAAUCAUGGCAUUUUGGUCGUUUCGUAUAUGGUUUUGGAUACGAUAAACUCCGUGACGAUUAUAAGGUGGUGUUAUAUAAUUUCCAUGAGGUCGCUAUCUAUAGUCUAAAGAGCGAUUGCUGGAGAAGAAUUAACCAUCCUCCAAACGGAGGGCGAUUCAUAAAUACAGGUAAAUUUCUGAACGGAAAACUAUAUUGGGCUAGUGUUGUUGAUGUUGAUAUGGAAAGGGAUUGGAGCAUAACCUCUUUUGACUUGAAUGAUGAGAAAUGGAGGAAGAUGGAGGAGCCACCUUGUGGAAAUGAUAUUUUCGUGUUGGGAGCGUUGGAAAGUAACUUGUCUAUCAUGAUUUGUAGUCGCACAACUAACGUAGAUGUGUGGGUGAUGAAGGAGUACGAGAACAAAGAAUCUUGGACGAAGACGUUUACUAUCAGCUGUAGUCUAGACCGUGCGGAGUAUUUUUUAGCUCAGUCCUUUUAUCUGACAAAAAGAGGUGAAUUUUUCAUUAUGUCUAGACCGUAUCACAUGAUAUACGAGCCAAGUGAUAAUUCAAUAAGAUAUUUAGAUCUUAAAACAUUUGAUUAUGAUCUUCUUGCUGAUUUCUAUGUUCAAACCCUAGUUUGUCCUUAAUCAAGUCAGCACAAGUUCUGAUGAUUGCAAUUGGUGAAGU